GAAGAAUCGCCACAGAAGAAGAGGAUUUGCCACAGAGCCAAUCUACGACGUCAAAGAUCCGUUGAGAAAUGAAAAGAUGGGGACAAGUUUAAAGAGAAGCAAGUCAUGUAACGGGCUGUAAUCCACUUUGACGUGUCCAACGAACAAGUCCAAUUUUCCUCAAGGGAAGACAUUGCUCGUGAAGUACUGAUCAGAAUAUGGAGAUGAUGAUAAAUGAAAUUAAUCAUGUUUGUUUUUGCAGCUUUCAUGUUCUGUGUUUCUGGAAGCCCGAGGUGGGAGUUUUUAUCCCCAUGUGUUUUGUAUUUAACAUCCUUGAGAAUUCAAAGUCAAGUGAGGACAAGCUUUUUAGGUUAAAAAAAAAAAAAAAAAAAGAGUAAGUGUCAAAUGUCCAUGCCCAAAAAGACUCAAAAAGUCUGCCAUUUUGGUUUGAAGCAACUAUUUUGGGAUCAUUUUAGCCAUUUCCAGGGGUCCAUCAGAGGCAAACCAGUCCUGGAGAUUCCGUCCAAUUGCAACCAAAUUUGAACAGUGUAAAUAAGACAGAUGAAUGACACAAAAUUGCGAAAGCUUCAACUUUCCAGCAGUACGUAUGGGCGCAACAUGGCAUUGAAAUUUUGACAACUGUCAGAUGUUAUUAUUCAAUCAGCUCUACAAUUUUAGAGCCUGAACAAAAGUGCCCCAGCUGGCAGAAAUGUGGAGAUGCAAAGACUCCAAAGCUUUUUGAAAAUGAAAGCGACCCUCUGGCUCUAUUGUGAACCAAAGUCCGACCUCAGCAGUGGCACAAUGUAAGAGAAAGUGCCCAUGUGGCAAAACGACUAAGCCCGCCAUUGUUGUGCUUUUGUAUAUAUCCUCGUAGCCAGGCUCGUGGCGGGGGUUUGGAACAGCUAGAACUGUGGAAAAUGUCUCAGAGCUCAGGAAAGAUCGUGCUGUACGAGGGCAAGAACUUUACAGGCCGCAAGCUGGAGGUGUGCAGCAGCUGCGACAACUUCCAGGAGCGCGGCCUGGUCAACCGCGUCAACUCCGCGCGAGUGGAGAGCGGUGCCUUCGUGUGCUUCGACCACCCAGACUUCAAGGGCCAGCAGUACGUGUUGGAGCGUGGCGAGUACCCCGAAUUCCAGCGCUGGAGCGCCCACAACGACCACAUGGGCUCCUGCCGUCCAAUCAGAAUGCACGGCGAGCACUACAGGCUGGAGGUGUUUGAGGGCGACAACUUCAGCGGCCAGCACGUGGAGCUGAACCAAGACUGUCCCUUGCUGCAAGCCAAAGGCCUGACAAAGAGCUGCAUCAAGUCCCUCAAGGUGUACGGAGACGGAGCUUGGGUGCUGUACGAGGAGCCCAACUACCGCGGUCGCAUGUACGUGGUGGAGCGAGGAAGUUUCGGCAGCCACACCGAGUGGCAGGCGGACAAUCCCAAGAUCCAAUCUGUUCGCAGGGUCGCCAACUACUUCUAAGAUGGCGCAGAAGCAAUUCUGGAAAGCAGUAAAGGCUGAAGAAACAUCCGAUAACUUGCCGCUUCACUUUUGUACCGCCUUAUUCCAAAGCCGCAAA